GGUACCGAUUUCGCAGUCCUUUUCUCGUCGUUCGUUAUCGUAGGUCGAGUGUCCACAUCUACAAUUCAUCUAAAAUAUUCUGCAAACGACGAAGUUAAGCGACGACGAAACGGAAAUCAUCGGAAAAAUCGUCGUAUAUUGGCGGGAAAGAACCACAUCUUGCUACCCAUUGUUUGAGCUUCGUGUUUGUCGUCCCGGCGAAAGAAGUUCGUACCGGCUCUAGCAUCCCAAAUCAGCUGUGAAACGUCUAUAAGGAAAAAGGCUUUUUUAAGUAAACAUGGCACCGAAUAUAAUCAGCACCCCGACAGGAGUGCUCUUCGAAGACGAAACUUUGACCGAGCCGCAAGUGAAGGAGGAAGUUACAGAAAAAUCAAAAUAUAUUAGGCGCAUCGUAUGGAGGAAUGUGGGAGUUUUUUCUUAUUUACAUCUUGGAGCUCUUUACGGACUUUAUCUAUGUUUUACGUCCGCCAAAUUGGCGACCAUCGUUUUCGCAAUCGUGUUAUAUCAAGUGACUGGCAUCGGAAUUACAGCCGGAGCUCAUAGAUUAUGGGCACACAGAUCCUAUAAAGCCAAGUGGCCUCUGCAAUUGCUGCUCAUGAUUUUCAAUACUAUAGCUUUCCAGGAUGCCGCGAUCGAUUGGGCCAGAGAUCAUAGAGUUCACCACAAAUUCAGCGAGACCGAUGCCGAUCCACAUAACGCUAAGAGAGGUUUCUUCUUCGCGCAUGUAGGUUGGCUACUUUGUAGGAAACAUCCAGAAGUCAAGGAAAAGGGCAAGGGAAUCGACCUGAGUGAUCUCGAGAGCGAUCCUAUAUUGGCAUUUCAAAAAAAAUAUUAUACCGUGCUGAUGCCAUUGAUGUGCUUUAUUUUACCGACUAUCAUUCCGGUCGUAUGUUGGAACGAGACGUGGAUGAACGCUUAUUUCAUUCCCACUGUUCUCCGUUAUGUCUUCACGUUAAAUAUGACGUGGCUAGUAAAUUCCGCAGCACAUCUCUUCGGCAACAAACCAUAUGAUAAAUAUAUCAAUCCAUCGGAAAAUAAAAGCGUCGCUCUACUCGCUCUUGGAGAGGGUUGGCACAAUUACCAUCACGUGUUUCCUUGGGAUUACAAGACAGCCGAGUUUGGCAACUACAGAUUCAACUUCACUACAGCUUUCAUUGAUUUCUUCGCAAAGAUCGGUUGGGCUUACGAUUUGAAGAGUGUGUCUGAGGAUAUGGUGAAGAAAAGGGUAAAGAGAACGGGCGAUGGCAGCCACGAAUUAUGGGGUUGGGGUGACAAGGAUCAAACGCAAGAAGAAAGGGACGACGCGACAAUUACGCAUUAUCAUAUGAAGGAACAGUAAAAUUAUACGCGUGAGGUUCUUUUGAAUGUAAAGUUUCUUUUCACAUUCAUCUAUAACUAUUUAUUUGUAUGGAUUUUAUGACGAUCUAUGAAGGGUGUAUUUGAUUAAGCCGGCCUUCCAGGACUCGCAUCUCGACAUGGCAUGUUUUUCAAUGUGUCGUUACACGAUAUGUGGCAUGUUUCAUAUAAUAUACGUAUUCAUAGAUCUUCCUUGAUUAAAGAUCUCUUUAUGAAACAAGAAAGUCUUGAUCAAAUGAAGAAUCCUCCAAUAAGGCUUCCUCAAUCCUUAAGAUAAGGACCAUCUAGGAAUACGGGCGAUAGUCUCGGAAGGUUUGAUAGGGAUUUGGGAAGCGUCGUUUAUGUAAUGUCGUUAGUAUUCGAUCCGCUCGAUAAAAUAUUUUUAUUUACUUUGGAAGUAGCAUUAAAUCGAAUUAUAUUACGUUUGAAUUAUAUUACGUAAUUAUUGAAUAGUUUAUAUUAUUCGUACGAUUUUUAAUGCGCAAUUAUAACGCGAAUAUAUACAUAUUAUGUAUAUAUAUAUAUAAUAUAUGCGUGUAUGAUUUGGAGAAAACAGGACUAUAUACUAUAUAGGACUAUAUAAUUGGAAUAAAUUAAUUUUGUACUUUAA